AUGAACGCAACCACGGCGCCCGAAAAUCCGAUUGUCCUCAAUAUUCAGAGUUCAUAUGGCGCACUCAUGAUCGGGUGCUUCUUAUCUUGCGCUGUUUGGGGCAUGUCAUGCCUGCAAGUCUAUGGCUCUUCUGACCGGCGCAGUCUUAAACUUCUUGACAUACGCAGGAUCGCAAGCACCAUCGAUGAAAUAUUGCUCUUGGAGUGCAUGUGGCCGGUAUUGAUUCUACAAUGGGGUAAAGUGGAAGGGCUUUCCGUCAUUCAGGAAGGUAUCGUGCAACAUGUCUGGGUGUCGGGAAUCAUGGCAAUUUGCGUUCAAUGGUUUUAUCUCUAUCGUAUCUAUCAAUGUUAUUGCAGUCAGCGGCAAAAGAUGGCUUGUCCCAUCUAUCAUUGCCGCUAUAUCCCUCUGGCAGCUUUACACCACAAAUGGACACUCGUGACAUUGUCAUCGCGUCCUGUCGUUGCCUUGAAUAUCAGCCUUCGAGCCUGCAGUGCUUGCGUCGAUCUGUUCAUUGCCAUCACGAUGUCCUACUAUCUAAUCAAGCAGGGCAUACCUAAGUUCUCCCAUACCCAGAAGAUGUAUUUCCGACUCUUCCUGAUGACCAUCAACACGGGAAUGUGGACCGCAACUAUUGCGACACUUGACUUCAUCCUGAUGGCGAUUUAUAGGGAUGACCUAUGGUAUGCAAUAUUCGAGUGGCCUCUCGGCUCCUUGUACCUCUGUGUCCUCCUCGCCAAUCUCAAUGCAAGGGAGUUCAUUCGAGGAAGAGAGCAGAUUUGGCACGACAUGUCUACUUCGGGAAGAAACAACUUCGCACCAGCAAGUCGUGGCCCCGUGGCCGCUGACGGUCGCUUGCCAGCACUUUGUGUCACAGCGCAAGCUGGUGACAUGAUGAUGGUCAACCUAUCCCAUGCGGAUAGUAAGCAGUCUCAGGAUGCGACCGCAGCUACUACGGAAACUAAUUCGAAAUUCACUAUUGCACAGUUGGAUCCCUCAAAGAUGCUAGGCGGGUAUGCGAGCGGCAGUCGGCGUCAAGAAGUCAAUUGUCGCGUGUACACGUCACUCGGUUGUCCUUAUUUGCUCGUCUGCCUCUGUGCUCCAAUGAGUUACGUACUAGUGCGGCGCCCUAAGUGGUCCGGGCUGAUAUGUCUUCCUGAUUCAUGGCUUCUGCCCGCGCUCACCAAACCUUACUUGCUCGGACGCCCAGAGCCUGGAGUCGAGGCGCGAGCGCAAUGGAGGUAUUAA